AUUGGAAUCUGGGUGCUGCGCAGUGCAUAGAGAUUGACCCGCUGGAUGGUCCGGCGGGUUUGGCUCGUUUGGGUUGGCUGCUGGUGGUGGCGGCGAGCGGCGGGCAGCCUUUGGUCGUCUCUCGUGUGAUGUACGUCUGGAAGAUGUUCACGAACUGCAAGAACCGCGGGUUAUCCCUGGGCCUCUCUUCGCUCGGCAGUGGCAGAGAAGCCUCGUCGUCUGCUGGGUUGCUGGCAGAGAAAUAUUUGAGCAGCAUGGCUUGCUGGGCAGCAGGCUGGGCGACAAUAGAGCCGCAGAGAUCAGGGAACAGCGGGGCACCGUCCGAAUGCGCAUACUCGUUGAUUUUUGGGUUGAGCAGAAGGAUCAGAAGCGCAUUUAUCUGGUUGUCAUGCUCCUGGCACGGCUCGGCGCUCAGCAUCGACGCUGCACCCAGGGUCCACAGCCGCAGGUCUUCCAGCAUCCCGCUUGACUUGCUCUCAAACAUGUACCGUGUACGCAUCCUCGACAUCGGCAAUAUCCACUGGACACUGGGCAGCCAACUCCUGGUUGGUCUGCGGGAAGCUGCGUGCCAACGUGCAUGGGUCCGCAAACACUUGGCUGAGCUUGUCAACAAGCUCCUUUUCGCUGUUAAUCUGGCGGAUGAACUGGCUGGUCAGAAUAAUGUCACCCAGAGACUCGUCAUCGUUAUCGCUGGCCUCAUCGAUGGGCUCAGGGCUGCUGCGGUCCAGCGGCCGCUUGCCGAGGAUGCCGGUCCGCGUUCUGCGUGGCUCAGAGAGACCCCCGGCGGGCUGGGCGAUGGACUGGGAGCGAGACCGCGUGGUGAUUGUGCGCACAGAUGCAGAGCCACGGCGGUCAACCCGCUGCUUUUUGCGACUCGAUUCGGCGGUUCCAGCCAUUAGGAAUAAUGCAGCUAAAAGUACAGUGAGGAAUAGGCAGGCGUGGAAUGAUAGGCAAGGGACGAUGGUCAGUACCCGGAACCGCAGAAAAAAGGCGUGACCACGAAUUCCACAUUGUGUGUCACUACCUUCUAAAUAUGGGCAAAACUGGCACCAGGGCUUUGAUGCCUGCACAUUAAUUUCCAAACCCCCACACGCAAUUAAAAGCAGCUCGUCCGAGCUUUUCUGAACCUCGUCUUUCU